AUGGCGCUGGCGCAGGAGGCGUAUCAAGCCCGGUGGCAAGCCACGGGGCUGCCCAUGGUGGUUCUCUUCAUCGCGCUGGAGGAGGAGAAGAACGAGCUCGACCACAGGAAGUUGGAGCUGUCAGCUCUGGGCUUGGGCCUCAUCCCGCUGCGCCGGAGCCUCCGCCAGCUGGCGGCGUCGUGCUCGCUGCGCCCGCUGAAGCCGCUGGACGCGACGGAGGCUGUGCGGGAGCCCAAGGCGCUCCUGGUGGAUGGCUACGAGGUUGCAGUGGCCUACUUCCGCUCGGGCUACUGGCCGCAGCACUUCGAGGGUGCUUGGGAGGCGCGGCGGGUGGUGGAGCUGUCGGAGGCGGUGAAGUGCCCGUCGGCGCCGGCGCAGCUGGCGGGCAUGAAGAAGGUGCAGGAGCUGCUCUGCCAAAGCUGCGAGCUCAUGAAGUUCCUGCCGGAGGAGAAGGCGCAGAUGGUGUCCAGGACGUUUGGGCAGCAGUUCGACCCCAGCUGUGACUCGCCUGAGACGAAGCAGGCGGUGCAGGCGGCUAUGACGAAUCCCGGAGACUGGGUGCUGAAACCGCAGGUGGAAGGAUCUGGGGAGCUCUAUUUUGAUGAGGACAUCCCCCGUAUGCUGACCAGUCGGUCUCAAGACCAACUGGCGGAGUUUAUCCUCAUGGAACGGGUGAGGCCGCCGUGCACCCCGUCGGCGGUGCUGGGCCCUGACGGCAAGGUGGUGCUGCGAUCUGCGGUGGCUGAGCUGGGCAUCUUCGGGGCCUUUGUGGCCGCAGGGAGCCAGGUGAAGUGCAACAAGGCGGUGGGGCACCUGUUGCGCUCCAAGGGGCAGCAGACGAAGCAGGGCGGCGUCUUUGUGGGGAACGCUACGGUGGAUGUCCCCUUCCUGGUGCCGCGUGACGUCUUCUGGCGCUCUGUUUUGGGUUGA